AUGUGCCCUGGAGCUCUGAGGGUGUCCCUGUCCUUGAUCUCUCUCCUGGCCUGCUCUGUGCAAGCAAAGCCACUGGAGACCUGGGGCCACGCGUCUGCUGGAGGCAAUACCCACAGCUUGCUCGGGGACCCCCAGGCAGACCAGGAUGAGGGCGCCUUCGACCUGAAGAUGUUUCUGGAGAACAUGAAGGUGGAUUUCCUGCGCAGCCUCAACCUGAGUGGCAUCCCUUCCCAAAACAAAAGCAGAGUGGAUCCCCCACAGUACAUGAUCGACCUCUACAACAGAUACACCGCUGACAAGUCGUCCACCCCAGCGUCCAACAUCGUGCGCAGCUUCAGUGUGGAAGAUGUUAUCUCUGUAACUGCCACGGAAGACUUCCCUUUUCAGAAGCACAUCUUACUCUUCAACGUCUCCAUCCCCAGGCAUGAACUGAUCACCAGGGCUGAGCUCCAGCUCUAUAUCUCCUGUCAAAACCACAAGGAAUCCUCUCAUGAGCUCAAAGGUAGCAUGGCCAUUUAUGAUGUUCUUGAUGGAGCAGAUUACUGGGAUUGUUCCGCAGGGACCAAGACAUUCCUGGUGUCCCAGAAUAUUCACGAUGAGGGCUGGGAGACCUUUGAGGUCUCCAGUGCAGUAAAGCGGUGGGUCAGGACAGACUCCACCAAGAGCAAAAAUAAGCUGGAAGUGAUUGUGGAGAGUCACAGGAAGGGAUGUGACAAGCUAGACAUCAGUGUCCCCCCAGGUUCCAAAAACCUGCCCUUCUUCGUUGUCUUCUCCAAUGAUCGCAGCAAUGGGACUAAAGAGACUAGGCUGGAGCUCAGGGAGAUGAUCAGCCAUGAACAGGAGACUGUGCUUAAGACGUUGUCCAAGAACAGCCCAGUAGAAGGAAGCAAGGGCAAAGAGGAAGAAAUGGACAGUCAUGUGGCCUCGGGCUCUUCUUUAACCAGACGGAAAAGGAGCACUGGAACCAGCAACCACUGUCAGAAGACCUCGCUGCGGGUGAACUUUGAGGAUAUUGGUUGGGACAGCUGGAUCAUUGCACCCAAAGAGUAUGAUGCAUAUGAGUGUAAAGGCGGUUGUUUCUUUCCCCUUGCUGAUGAUGUGACCCCAACAAAGCAUGCCAUUGUGCAGACCUUGGUUCAUCUCAAGUUCCCCAUGAAGGUUGGGAAGGCCUGCUGUGUACCUACCAAACUGAGCCCUAUCUCCAUCCUCUAUAAGGAUGACAUGGGGGUCCCCACCCUGAAAUACCACUAUGAAGGGAUGAGUGUGGCAGAGUGUGGCUGCAGGUAG